CAACCGAACGACAAAGAAGCUUAAACAGAUUACUGACAGCCUACUGUGCUGAAGAGGAUAUCCUAUCUCUUAUCACAUAGGAAACCUGCCUCAUAUUUACUCUCUUGGCCACAUAACCCAAUGGCCGCCUCUCUCGGGCGCCCCAAGCGGGCGGGCGAGGACUUCUCCCGCACUCACGCACAUGACCCUGAGGAUCCAGACGUUCACAUCAACUCGAAAAAGCCGCGUUUCGAUCCCCGGAAUCCGUCCGCGCUUGCGCCUGACGAGCUGGAAGACGAUGCUGUUCUAGAUGCAGACGAGAUCGGCCAUCGCGGUCAGCAAGUGCGCCGCGGAGCUGUCAACAUUGAUGGAUACGAUUCAGAUAGUGAAAACGAGGGAUUCUCAGCGCGGAUUGAAGCAAAAGCCAAGCGCAGCAGAGCUAAGCAUGACGCAGAUGACGAUGACAUGUUCGCAGAGCUACAGGAGGAUUUUGGCGCGGAGGACAUCGAUGCGGACGAGGCGCUUCGGAAGAACAAGAAGAAUGUUCGAUUUCUGCGAGACGAUGAGAUCGAGGGCCAGGUCACAUCGUCAAAGGGAGGAGGCAGACUAAAUGUUGAUCUUAGGAAGGGUGCAGAUGCUGUCGAUGUGGAGGAGGUCAGUUCGGAAGAAAGCGACGUUCCAGACGAAGAGCGAGCGAAGCUCACCGAAGACAUGGACGAGGAACUUGGGGCUGGUGCUAAGAAGACGCAUGCGCCUCUCUUGGAUGCGUUCAACAUGCGCGCAGAGCAGGAAGAAGGUCGCUUUGAUGAACAAGGGAACUACGUGCGAAAAGCUGUCGACCCGGACGCAAUUUACGAUAACUGGCUAGAUGGGGUCUCCAAGAAGGAUAUCAGGAAGGCGAAGGAUGCUGCUGAGAAGCGAGAUGCAGAGCGCAAAGCGAGGGAGAGAGCAGAUGACAGUGUCUUGACGGCCGAUCUACUUCGAACACUCAUCACGAAUAUGCAACGAGGAGAGACGGUGCUAGAAGCUCUCGCGCGGCUAGGAAAGGGUGUCCAGAAGAAACCAAAGUGGCAGAAUAAAAACAAGAACAAGAACCGUUUGAAACGAAAUGGUGGAGCCUCUGAAGAUGUCGAAAUGUCAGAAGAAAACCCAGCAGAGGCGGCGCUGAAACAGACCAUUGAAGCUGUAACCGGUGCAGCAGACAUGCUGCUCACGCGAGGCCAGACCGAGAUCUACGAUGCGGAACGUGAGCUUCUGACCAGGCAAUUUCGACGAGAGACUGGAGAGGACUGGAUUGAUUCGUCAGAGCAACUGUCUGCGAAUGACGGAGCCCAGACAGGUCCGACGAUGUGGGAGUACCGCUGGUCGGACGCCCGCGAUGGCGGAGAACCGCAUGGGCCUUACGACACUGCUAUGAUGCGCUCGUGGAGCGAGGCCGGUUAUUUUGGACAAGAAGUCGAGUUCCGAAAAGCAGGUGACUCUGGCCCUUGGAGUCGUGUCGUUGAUUUCUCAUAGACAUUGAACCGCGUGUCCUGUAUGGACAUAUUUCUCCAUGCAAGUCAUGCUUGUAUACGUUCUUCAUGAACUUUUUCUUACUACUGUUCCAUUGAUAUCGUGGAGACCCUAAUUGCAUGUACGGUUGUUACUGUAUUCGGUUCUCCCGAACUAAUUGAUGUGUAUAUCAUGGGAAAUCUAAAAAACUGAAUCAAAUU